GUCUUUCUAACAAAACCAUACAUCAUCAAGUAAACAGCCAAGCCGACUCUUUGUCUUUUACUCCAACCAAUUCCCACCUCCAACGACGCACGCAAACUAUUAAGUAUUAACUCACUCUCUCUGCUAUUUCCUGCCACCACCGCUGUUAAUUCGUUUGAAGAUGUCUGCCGGGAUCUUCACCGCUCCGGUCGCUGGAUCGGCCUUUGUCGGCCUGAAAUCCAACUCGAAAAAGCUGCCACUGAAAGAUUCUGUUGGAUGGAGACACAAAACUAUCUCCAAUGGUUCCAAAACCUUCUGCAUGAAGACAUGGAAUCCCAUUAAUAACAAGAAGUUCGAGGCACUCUCAUACCUCCCCCCUCUCUCGGAUGAUUCAAUUGCAAAGGAGAUUGACUACAUGAUCAAGAAGGGAUGGAUCCCUUGCCUUGAGUUUGACGAGGCGGGGAGUAUUCGUAGAGAGAAUAGCAGAAUGCCAGGAUACUACGACGGGAGGUAUUGGACGCUGUGGAAGCUCCCAAUGUUUGGAUGCAGUGACGCCUCUCAAGUCCUCCGCGAAAUCAACGAGUGCAAAAAGACGUACCCAAAUGCUUAUAUACGCUGCUUGGGAUUUGACAACAAGCAGCAGGUCCAGUGCAUGGCCUUUGUCAUUCAGAAACCUACCGUCACCGCCUCCACCACCCCCACCGAAGCUGCUUAAUUAAGGUUUUUUUUUCUUUGUUUAUUUCCCUUAGCUUUUUGCGGUGCCAAUAAUAAAUUAAAUCUGGUGGCUUGUGAGGAGGACUUCCUCUAAUAUGUAAUGGGAUCUUUGGGGAAGAUACUUUUAAUAAGCUUCUAGUUGAAAUUCUCUCUUCUAGCUAUAA